GAAGUUUGUCUUUUUGAAUAUAUGGGGCAGAGUUCGUGGCCCCCCUGAAGACCUAUUAAAAGGCAUUCAGAGAGCUAUUAGGUCUAUUCAAAUGGAAAAUCCGCCUGAGGCUAAGUUAAUUCCCUUUCCCUUGAGCCAUUUAAAAACAAAGGCUCUAGGAGCCAAACCGAAGGUUAAGAAUGUGACUUUAAACUUGCAGGAUCAGGCUAGCCCGCAGGGAGAUUAUAGAGAGGAAGGUCAUAGAGGAGAAACCUCUGCAGUCCUAGAAAGUCCUCCGGAAGAGGUAGAGGAUCUUCCUGGGGAGGAAAAUCCGGAAGAGGUUCUUAGAGGGGCACAGAGUUCUUCUCCGCCACGUGGCUUAGAAGCCCAAUUUCAAAAUGGCGACAGCGCAGAGUCUACCCAUGACUCGCAGUCCGAGGGAGAAGAAUCAGACGUUGAAAUUCAGGACUUACAGAGAAAUUUUAACAGGCUGGGUUUAACACCGCCUGCCCAGGCUAUUCGAAUUCGGCCAUUACCUGCUAAAAGGACAAAAUUUAACAGAAGGUGCUUUUCGUCCUAUUUGGGUGCCUGAACACGCAAUCAGACAUGGAAGAGAUAGAACCCAGAUUCAAGCGACUGAAGAUUGACCCAGAGGAGCCCCUAUCCAAAAGGAAGAGAUAUCGGAAAAAGAUGAAGAAAGACCAGAUUGACCCAGCCGAAAAGCUGAUUUCAUGGGAAGAUGUGAAGAAGCUAAUAACCCAGGCUUCCCGAAUACUUCAACACCUAGGAAAGAACAGGACCCCAGUGAUGAUGGUAGCAACAGUAAUUGCCCUGCUGGGCUGUCAGGUAAAGGGGAAUCAAGUAGACACUUACUGGACAUAUUUCCCAGAUCCACCCCUGGUACACCCAGCUGUGUGGACUGGAGAAUCCAUUCCAGUAUUUACUAAUGACUCAUUCAUGAUGGGAGGAUUUACAGAUACUCAUAUUACUCCCAAUCAUGUGACUAGAUUUAAUUAUUCUGGCUACAGUGCCCAAUUACUUUUGUGUUGGUCCCACGAUAAACAUUCUGGCUGUCUGAAAGUAUCAUUUGAGGAAAAGACAGCGAUUGGUAGACCUAGACUGACAAAUAAUUCUAUUUAUGGAGACUUAAAACCUUAUACUAGAUCAGUAAUUAAGAUGGGACUUUCCCAUAACAAGCCAGUCAUUUCUGCAAAACCCCCACGGAUACCCCACUGUCCAAAUAGUUCUACAAUUGAGAUUGGCACCUUUCCUAGAUGGAUGAAUUGUGUAAAUACCUUUCCUGUACAAUAUAAGGUGUCUAAAGAUAGCGGGUAUAUUUUAGACUGGUCUCCAAAAAUUGAUAAGAGACAAUUACGAAGAAAUUUUGCUAUGACACCUGCAGGAUUUGUUAGUAAUAUUUUGACUUAUAGUGAAGGUGGUGUUCAAAAGGAUGUUUGGUGCUUAAUUGCUGCCUCAGAAUUCUUACAUUUUAGAGAUAAGCCUUUACCAAAAUUUGUUGGCAAGAACUGUAAAGAGGGAUCUUGCUAUGGCUUAUGAGCCUGUGUCCAAUUUCCUUAUGUUUUAAUUAUUGGGAGUGUAAAAGUUAAAUGGAUAAAUGACAGAUAUAUUGUUACUUGUAAUAAAUGUAACCUAACCAAUUGUAUUACUAGGUAUAAUGGAGGAAAAGGAGUGCUGAUACUUCAUCAGCCCUCUUUCGUUUUAUUACCUGCUAAUAUUUCAGAGCCAUGGUAUGCUGAUACUGGUUUAAAGUCUUGCAACAAAUUCAUGCCCAGCCAGCAAGACCGAAACGUGCUAUUGGAGUUAUAAUUGUUGGUGUUUUGGCGUUAGUCUCUUUUAUUGCCUCCACUGUCUCUGCGUCUCUGACAUUGUCUCAAAAUAUUCAGCAUGCAAAAUUUCUUAAUAAUUUAGCUCAAAAUACUUCCAAGGCUCUGCGUAAUCAAGUAAAUAUUGAUAAAAGGAUUGAGACUAAAUUAAACGCCUUAGAGGCGACUGUUAUAGACAUAGGUAAUGAACUUUCAGCUUUAAAAUUUAAAUAAAGGCUUAAAUGCCAUGCAAAUUAUAAAUAUGUGUGUGUUACAGCUGCCAAGUACAAUGCUUCUCUCUGGGAUUGGGAGAAGGUUAAAAACCAUUUGUUAGGUAUUUGGCAGAAUAGUAAUAAUAGCUUGGAUAUUCUGGAACUUCAUCACCAUAUCCAAGACAUUCAAAAUAACAGAGCUGAUUUUUCAGAUCCUUCUUCCUUGGCUAAACAAAUAUUGAAGGAGUUGAAUGGAUUCAACCCUGGAAAUAUUCUUAAACACUCAGCCUGGUACAUUAUUGGAUUAUUCUCUUUGCUGUUAAUUCUCUUUUGUUUUGUAAUUAUAGGAUGGCGAGUCUUCGGAACAAGAAUACAGAAACUCCAAAGAAUGAACCACCGCCUCAUUUUUAAGAAAAGAAAGGGGGAAUAUGUGGGAAGCCAUUCUCACAUGUGACUGGGCAACUCCCGGUUUGGGUCUGAGGCGCUCUGGCUAACUGUGUUGGAGCUUUCCUGGCCCUCUCCUGAUGAGAGAGCCUGUCCAUAGGGGGUUGUGACUGACCACUGACCCCGGGGGCCAAUCACUGACCCUGACCUUGGAGUGUGGCCCCCCUCAACCUUCAUUGGACGGAAUUCUCCCCUGAAUUUCUUGUUCCCCAAUAAAAGGCUACUCCCUGGCGUGCUCCCUCUCUCUCUCUCCUGCUAGUCCUGAGUAAUCCUUGCUGCCCUACCGGGUGGUUAGAGGUGAGAGCCAGAGGGGGAGCCGUCUCAGACCUGGUCAUAGAAAAAGGUAACUGAGUCUGUGUGUUUUAUUUCGAUCUCGCUAGCUAACUUUUAUGCCAAGAACCUCAUUAAUGAAACCAGUGUGCUGGUCGCAUGGUGGAGAAGGACACCGCCACUUCUUUGGAUACUCAGCUCUGGGACCCCAUUCUCUGUGGAGAAGUUUAUCUCUGUUCUAUCCUUUAAAUAAAACUUGCUUUCUAUGCUUG